CCCUCUCUCUCAUCAUGUUUACAGCCUCGGAGUGUGUUGCAUAUCUGACAUUUCUCUCUCAAACUCCAACCGGCUCUGUUCUCAUCUGGAAGCAGAGCGACAAGAAGAGAAGAGAAGAGAAGAGAAGCUCUCACCUCCUGAUUUCACCAGCCUGUCCAGCCUCAGUUACUCUCCUCUCAGCGGGAACAGGCCCGGCAGCCUGACCGAAUUCUCCCCUCUCUUCAUCCAAGCCAGUCAAAAUCUAACCGGUCCCCCCCCGUCGCCAUGGAGCGCGUGCAGCACAUGACCAAGUCGGCCAUCCGCCGAGCGUCUCAGAUCGAGGUGACCCCGCAGGUCAAGAGGAACCUGCAGGAGCUGUUCGUCAACUUCACCCUCAUCCUCAUCUGCCUGCUCCUCAUCUACAUCAUCGUCCUGCUGAGCAGCUGAGAGACGGAGCCACAGAGAGAGAGUUUGACAAGGCUCCGCUGUGGAAACGGGUUCGGCUGAUACUUGGGUCAUACACACACAUCAGAUUUCUGCCAAAAGCAAUAAUAUCCUCCCCCAUUGUAUCAGCCCAACUCUGUUUGACAAGGGCCAUAGAGAUUAUACGCCUCCAUGUGAAAACAACAAGACAACACAUCCUGGACAAUGUCUCCAGUAAUAAUAUGUGUGUAUGAUACUGAAAUAUCAAUACAGCACUUUUGUUUAACGUCCACUUCCCAUGAUCCCUUGCUGCUUCCUCCUGUUCGACAGUAGAAAGACAUGGAGGCAGAGAUAUUAAGUUUCCUCUGUUUUUAAAAACGUAAUCAUUUUACGUAACUCACAACUGGAGCAGGAUUAUAGUGUGUGGAGGGACAUGAAACUGAUAGUUGUACAUGCUGCAUAUACAAAAAGACAAGAUGAGACGUGAAGUAUGACUCCCAGGGUGCAUUUCAGUAAAGAAAAACAUGACAUCACACAGCAGAGGUCACACUGUUCAGAAAACAUAUUAUUAUAUAACUUAUUAUACAACUCGCAGCUUGUUUUUAGAUAACAUCAGUUCCUUCGUUGUUAAUUUGCCUCUGAUUCGCACCUCUUCCCGAAGCAACAGCCGCCGUGACUCAUGGGUGUCGUUGAAUUCGGAGCCAUCUGCAAAAAAACACGAAGCUUGACUUCUCAGAAACAAAGUUGAAAGAGUUAGAGCUUGUGGCCUUGUCAUGAACCUAUUGAAUCAUCCAGAGGCAGAGCUGUCUGCUGGAGGAAGAUGAUAUCAUUAAAAGAGAAUUCUGAAAUGGGUCACAAAUUAUUAUGGAAUGCAUCCCCUUUAAUUAACGGCUUUAGAGAAGGCAGAGGGAAAGGGAACUGCAACUUGACCCAUCUGUUGAAUGUACAUUGUGUAAUUUAUAUUAAAAAAAAGAUGAUUCAUUUUGAAGUUCUCCAGUAAAUUGAGGAGAGUCGUGCUUAUUUAGAAAUUUCAGCUUAUAUACCACUGAGACAUCACAUUUGCAGUAAAGACUGAGUGCACCUUACCUACAUGUUUAUGUGAUUUCAGGCCUGUUUAUCCACGAUGAAAACGUCACUUUGCAUGGUGUGAUAUCACUCAACGUUUCCUGUUUAUACCCUCACAGCUCGGUUUCUGCUACUGAAACUACUGCUGAGUGACAGUUUUGGGUUUAUAACAGCACAAGUGCCCUGAUUGUUGCAGCGAAGAUGUAGAAAGUAAUCUGUGAAAUCAGAUUCCUGAAUGUGAAGUGCUUUAUGAAAUCCACAUGGGUCAUUUUGAUCUGUAUAUGUGUGUUUGGAAGAUUGUACCACCUGACUUUUAAAUGACAAACCACCAAAUAAACUGCAUGAAGACAAAUGAAAA